AUGGACCAUGAGAAUUGGGCUUCGACUAAAAAGUCCUUGACUUUUUCAAAAUCUGGACUUAUCGAUCCCUCACGACAGCGCAGCGCCAUCCAAUUGGAGAAGGCCGCUGUUGUCUUCAACCUCGGAGCCAUCUACAGCCAGAUUGCUGCUUCUUGCGACCGUACCACCGCCCUUGGCCGUCACCUUGCAAUGGAAGCCUUCAAAGUUGCCGCCAAUUUCUUCCUCCAACUCUGGCAGGUUUUUGCCAAGAACGUGGUCGCCACCCUCGAUUUGACUCUCGUCUUCGCGGAGUUUCUGCACCUCCUCUUUUCCGCUCAGGCUUCCGAGCUCGAAUUACGGGAAGAACUGAACAACAACGACGCCAGUUACGCUCUCCAACAACACCGAUGUGCCCUAUCGUUUAUAUCGGUUUAUAAGCUUUAUCGUAGAGCAUAUGCACUGAUACCUACUGAUUCGGCUGCACGGAAACAUGUCCGCUCUUUUGACCCAACCUGGGUAACUCAUCUUUACCAGAAGGUGACAUUCUUUCAGGCAGAGGCUCGUCAGAGGCAAUCAUCCAUCCUACCCGAAUCCGAGCGACCUGGAGUAUACUCAAAGGUCGAAUCUUGUGCUCUUGAUCAUGAUGCAGAAUGUGUCCCUGAGAUAUUAGUUAGAAGGAUUUGCUGCGGGUCCUCGUCUGUACGCAAGCUGCUACACGAAGAACGAAAACAAAGGUACAUUGACCUCAACCUCUCGGAGUACAAUCCUUUCAAGAUGAUGAAGUAUGGAAAGCUGGUGGCUUACCCAUGGGACAUGCCUCCUCCUUAUCCAACAGAUUCGGCAAUCCUCUCAUCUUCCUUGUCUUCUUUGUCAUCAGAUAUUCUUGCAUUCAUUCCUUUGAAGAAGAGUGAGCCCUUGAAUCUCUAUGAGUCCCUGCGCAGUUACUUUGUCCUCAAAUACUCUGAGAGUGUGGCAGAGAGAGUAGAUGGCCUUCUGGAAAUGCUACACAAAUUGCGCAAUCAGAUGCUGCGUGAUGACCUUUCGCCACCCCUUCGCCGUGACUGCCUCAUGCGUUAUUACAAAUGCCUUUGCAUGAUUGAGCCUGUCUUCCCUAUGAAUGCCUCACCCAACCCGCCUAUCUUUGUUUGGUACAAUGCCAUCAACCCUCAACAGCACUCUUCUCAGCAUAACAUCCAUUUGGAGAAGGCCUCUGUUCUCUUCAACCUGGGAGCCCUCUGCACCCACAUUGCUAUCUCCUGCGAUCUCACCACCAUCCAAGGCCGUCGCCUUGCCAUGGACGCCUUAAAUGAUGCUUCACAUUGGUUCUAUCAACUGUCCGUGUUUGAGUCUCUUAAGGCAUCUGGCACCAUUGACUUGUCAGAACACUACAUCCAUAUGAUAAAACUUCAGUUUCACGACUUGGAAUCGAAGUUUCGUGUCCCCCAACCUGAUGAACCAUCAUUAUCUGGAUAUCCUGCUUCACCUUAUGAUCCGUCGACAUCUGGGCCUCCUUUAGCUUAUGAUCCGUCGAGUGAUGUCACUCAACAAUUUGUUUUAGGGUAUUCUAAUGCUCACUCCCUGCUUCAACGGGUAUGUGAAACACCAGCACCAUGCUUGGACCUUCUCUCUGAGGUUAGCCCCGUCAAAAUUAAAGAUGGAAAUCUUGUGGCCAAUGCCGCAACCUUAGAGGCACCAAAUUUGGCAUUGGAGAACAUGAGCUUGUAGAACAUUACCCUAGAGAAAAACUUUAUGAAUUAACUUAUUUACUUUUUUAAAUUGGAUGGUAGAACUUUGUAGUUUGAUGCUAGAACUUUGGUGAAUAAAUGGUUAGAAAAUGGAGAAAUACUAACCUAUAC